AUGUCGUUUAAAACAAAAGUCCAUCUAGAAAAAAACCUAAAUAUUCUUGAUCGUGUUGAUAGUGAACAAAACGAGGAAGUAGAUGUCAUCCAUUUAUCGACGGCCUUACAAACCUUAUCAGAUAGUUACGAAACUUUAUCUAGUGAAGAUAUUCACAUUGGCAGAGUGCACCAUGCUCAAGUUCACCAAAAUGUUUAUCAAUACGAAAAAAGUGCAAUUGUCAUUGUCAGUAGUGCAUUUGACAGCGGUACAGAUGGCGUAGAUUUAGAACAGGUUGAGUCUCUUCCUAUUCCGGACGGCCUGGUAAUGGACCCGAUGGCGCCCACCGCGCUCGCCGUCCCCGAUCAGCUGAUGGGACGCAUCGGCAGUGGGCUGAGCAUACUGAGAGAUCACGGAAAGAAAGUUCAAAAGUAUCUAUUGAAGAACAGAAAAUUCGAAGUUCUCAAGAAAUCAUGGACUUCGAUUGUCAAUAUUGUUUUGAUAGAAGCGAAAGACUUACCGGACGCGCCACCAACUACAUCAAACAGUCUGUACUGCAAGUUUAAGCUAGGAAACGAAACCCAUAAGUCGAAACAAGUACACAAAAACAAACCUAUAUGGAGGGAGAGGUUCAACUUGUAUCUUUACGAAGACAGCACACUUGAGGUCAAUGUCUGGCAUAAGACUAAGCAAAAAAACUUCAUGGGCAGAUGUGUUAUCGACCUGGCCCAGCUUGAGAAGGAAAGAACCCACGAUAUAUGGCAGUCUCUGGAAUGUGGCUUCGGAUCCUUGCACCUUCUGGUCACAUUGAGCGGAUCGGAACGGUGUCAGAACAUAGCUGCUGAUAAUGUUAUAUCAACGAAUGGUAUUCAACAGGAACCUCCUAUUGAUGAUAAAUUUGUCUGGUACAAAUUUGACAAUUGGAAUGAAGUAGGUAGAUUAUCGAUAACAGUGCACGGAGCGAAAGGCCUGAGCGCUCUCAACAUAAGUGGAAAUGUUAACGCAUUUUGUGUUCUCGAGUUAGAUAAUUCAAGAAUACAGACACACACCAUCCGCGGUACAGCUGAACCUAAUUGGAAUAAAACAUUUACUUUUUGUAUAAAAGACAUAACAUCAGCGUUAGAUAUAACUAUAUACGAUGAAGCGAUGCUACAAUCUAUGAAGGGAGAGAAGAUCGGUAAAGUAACGAUACCUCUGUUGAGGAUAAACAACAAUGAGAAGAAAUGGUACGCGCUGAAGGACCGAGCUAAGAGGAACAGCGCUAGAGGAAACUGUCCACGGAUAUUAUUGGAAAUGUCACUCGUAUGGAAUCCUGUUAAAGCAUCAAUGCGUGUAUUGACUCCAAAGGAAACAAAAUACAUACAAAAGCCAACCAAGUUCGACAUACCAUUAAUAUACAGCAACUUGAUAUUUAUAAAGAAAAUAUUCAAAGUGUUUCAAAAUGGGAACGAAAGUUUGAAGCGUGUCUUUGAAUGGGAUAACACGGAAAAGUCAGCGUUGGCGCUGGCUGGAUGGCUGACCUUCUGGUACUUCUUCAGAAUGUGGAUGACGCCGCUCUUGUUAACAUUACCGUUCGCACAUUACUGGCUUUUACAAAGAAAUUGCAACGCAGUCGUCCCGAUCAGUCAGGUGGAUGAAGAUAGUUAUUACCAGAAUGAUGAAAAGGAAGCAAAGGAUGACAAAACCAUCAAGACUCGCAUCUCAGAACUACAAGAUCUCACAAUUACUAUAAAGAAAGGGAUCGAUUAUAUCGUAUCUAUACUGGAGAGAAUCAAAAACUUAGUCAAUUUCAGCGUGCCGUAUCUGAGUUAUUUGAUCAUAUUAACACUGAUCGCUGCCUCCAUAGCGUUCUACAUAAUCCCGAUUAAUUAUAUAUUCAUGGCUCUAGGCGUGUAUAAGUUCACUCGUAAAUUAUUAAAUCCAUCCAGAAUCCCAAACAAUGAUAUACUGGAUUUCAUAUCCCGGGUGCCUGAUGAUGAAAUGUUGAAACAAUGGCGAGAGUUGCGAGUUCCUGAACCGAUUCCGACUCAAGACGAUUCUAAAAGCAGAUAA